CUGCUGUCUGUCACACUCCGCAGAGAGCCUUCUCCUAUGGCGCAGUACGGAGGUGUCCGUGUUUCUGGGGGAAGCAUUUAACUGCUGCACCAGAAGACGCCGAGCGGCCGGGUGCACGUCUCGGGCUGUGAUCUGUGCGGUGAUAGUUUAAAGCUCUAUUAUCUUCAUGGAGGAAGAUGAAGACUGCCCAGAACUUGUUCCCAUCAUAGAACUGGUACAGGAUGAACAAACCCAGUGCAGGAUUCCAGUCACUAUCAUUACAGGUUACUUAGGUGCCGGGAAGACUACGCUUUUGAACUACAUUUUGACAGAACAGCACAACAAAAGAAUUGCAGUCAUUGUUAAUGAGUUUGGUGAAGGCAGUGCCGUGGAAAAGUCUUUGGCUAUCAGCCAGGCUGGAGAACUUUACGAGGAGUGGUUGGAGUUAAGAAAUGGUUGCCUAUGCUGCUCUGUAAAGGACAAUGGACUAAAAGCAAUAGAAAAUCUAAUGCAGAAGAAAGGAAAGUUUGACUACAUACUGCUGGAAACCUCGGGUUUAGCAGAUCCAGGUGCGGUUGCUUCCAUGUUCUGGGUUGAUGCUGAGCUGGGAAGUGACAUCUAUCUAGAUGGCAUUGUGUCGGUGGUGGAUGCCAAAUAUGCCCUGCAGCACCUACUGGAAGAGAAACCAGAGGGUCUUAUAAAUGAAGCUGCUAGGCAGGUAGCACUGGCGGACGUGAUCAUUAUCAACAAAGCUGAUUUAGUCUCGGUUCAAGAACUGGAGGAUGUGAGAUCUGUUGCCAGGUCAAUAAAUGGACUUGUGAAAAUUUUGGAAACUCAAAGAUCUAGGGUGGACCUAGCAGAAAUUUUAGAUUUGCAUGCGUUUGACAGUUUGUCUGGGAAGAGUUUGCAGGACAAGCUGAUCAGCAGUAAUGCUCAUCCACAUCUGGAUAAGAGUAUUGUCACAGUUACGUUUGAGGUCUUUGGAAAUGUGAUUGAAGAAAACCUCCAUUUGUUUAUACAGAAUUUGCUUUGGGAGAAAAAUGUUAACAAUAGAAAUGGUGUUUCCAUGGAGGUGAUAAGAUUGAAGGGUUUGGUGGCAAUAGACGAUAAGCAUCAGCAGGUUAUUGUACAAGGAGUUCAUGAGUUAUACGACCUUGAAGAGACACAAGUGACCUGGGAAGGCGAAAGGCUAAAUCGGAUGGUGUUUAUAGGCAGACAUUUGGAUAAAGACGUUCUUAAAAAGCUCUUUGAAUCUACUCUGAAAAGAUGACACUCCCAUCCUAUCGAAGUGAUGAUUGGCUGGUCUCCUAAAACAUGAAUAUGCAGUUCUUCUGGAUUCUGUCGUUUAGACAGAGAGGGACACGUUUUAUCUAUAGAUUUGUAAUAUAUUGUUAAAUAUCAAAUUACAUGUAAUAAAACAUUUUUUCCCGAGACUCUUAAUAGAUGACUUACUAAGGCUACUUUCACACUAGCGUUUUAGUUUUCUGGUAUUGAGAUCUGUCAUAGGGGCUCAAUACCAGAAAAAAAAAACGCUUCAGUUUUGUCCCCAUUCAUUGUCAAAGGGGUAAAAAAUGAACUGAACAGAGCGGAAUGCUCCAAAAUGCAUUUCGUUCUGUUUAGUUGCGUUCCCAGACCGGAGAACAAACCGCAACAUGUUGUAUUUUGCUUUCAGUCCUGGGAUGCGGAGCAAGACGGAUCCGGCAUUACCCCCAAUGCAAGUCGAUGGGGGCGGAUUUGUUUUCUCUACCACAAUAGAAAACUGAUUCGUCCCCUAUUGACUUUCAGUGGAGUUAAUGACUGACCCGUCUUGUUAAAGAUAAUACAACCGGAUCCGUUCAUAACGGACGCAGAUGGUUGUAUUAUCAGUAACGGAAGUGUUUUUGCUGGACCCUGCCGGAUCCAGCAAAAACGCUAGUGAGAAAGUAGCCUAAUGUGGUUAUGAAUGCUUCCAUAGCAGGUAAAUGCUCUAAUACUUCACAGCUAAAUUUUGUGAAGUAUUUUUCUAGUGCAGACAUAGUGUAGAUAAUAUUUUCUUUUCCAUUAGUAUGUGUACAAAAUCUAAAUGCAUGUAAUGGCUUUCAAUCCCAUAAAGGACAGAAAGAAGAGUAUUUCUCCUAAAACUUGACAUUUAAUGAUAACUGAAAAUGACAAAACUGCAACCAACUAACUGUCUUUUUCUGGUUUUUUUUUCUAUUAUUAUUUCUGUCGGUUGGCCUCAGUUUUCUCAUUUUUCGUUAUUAUCACUUAAAGUUAAUUUUUAGGAGAAAUACUCUUCUUUUUGUAAAAAGAGUAUCCAGCU